CUUCUAAUUAGCAUAUUGCCAUAGUAACAUAAUAAACAUUGUGAUUUAUUGAUCAGUAAAUUCCACCAUUAUUGAGAAACAUGUCCUUGUUGAAGAACGUUCAUUUGGCCAGUGAAGGAGAGGAUGAUCUCUAUAAAGGAUACGAGGACUUUGCAGUUGAUGAGUUGGGAGAAGAUCCUGAAUUCCAAAGAGUGAUUAGCACCCAGCAAGGAAGAAAGAAGAGGCCACCUCCUCCAGGAACUAGAGGGGGGCUACCAACCGGCACUAAUUUUCGUCUUGGUACUGGAAUGGGUGGAGUCAGACCUCCAACUGGUUAUGCAGCUGAGGGUGGGUCAGCAAGACCAAUGACAUCAACCGGAGCUGCUGGAUUCAGUAGAGAUAGAGGUGUUUUUGAUCCACUGGGUCAAGGUAGUGGCACGUCAGCAACAAAGAUAUCAGUUCCUUCUCUUGAGCCCAAUCCUGAGGACAAUCCUGAAAUAGCUAUCAAUAACUUGGAAAAGAAAGUUAAUUCACUACUGGAGGAAAGUGCCGAUGCUAAUGUAAAAGGAAACUAUACUCUAGCAUUAGAAUUAGCUAAGGAGGCCAGUAGAAAAGAGAGAAUGCUCUGCAAGCAAAGAGAACAGAAACUAUUAACUGAACAAAUUAAUCUUGACUUAACAUACUCAGUAUUAUUCAAUCUGGCCAACCAAUACCACGUCAAUAGAUUAUAUGAUGAAGCACUCAAUACUUACCUCCUAAUUGUGAAGAACAAGCUCUUUGGCAGUGGAGGAAGGCUAAGAGUUAAUAUGGGAAACAUCUGCUUUCAGCAGAAGAAAUAUCCAGUGGCCAUUAAACACUAUAGGAUGGCAUUGGAUCAGAUUCCAGAUACUCACAGGACACUACGGUUUCAUAUACUACAGAACAUAUGUACAGCUUAUAUCAGAAUGGGACAGUAUAAUGAUGCUAUUAAUACUUAUGAACAUUUAAUGAGUGAAAUGAAGGAAAAUGGGAAUUAUGAUGUUGCAAUGAACCUCUUGCUCUGCUAUUAUGCUUUAAGAGAUGUUGAUAAGCUAAAAAGACACUUUCAGAGAAUGAUAUUAAUUGAAACCGGAACUGAUUAUGAUGAUGAUAGAUAUUAUUCUACUGAUGAAAGUGACUAUCAGCAGAGGAUGCUGAUAGAAGCAAUAAGUGAUGACAGUUUGAGACGAUUGGAGAAGGAAACAAAAAGAAAAGCUGAGAGGACAAUACUGAAUGCUGCCAAACUGAUCGCACCAGUUAUUGAAGGGUCUCUUGCUACUGGAUUUGAUUGGUGCAUUGAAGUUGUUAAGAAUUCAGUUCAUUCUGAAUUAGCUAGUGAACUUGAAAUAACAAAAGCAUUGACAUUUCUAAGAGAGAAAGACCUACCCAGGGCAAUUGAAACUUUGAAGGAUUGUGGUAGGAGAGAUACCAAAAUGGCCGUUAGUGCAUCAACUAAUCUUUCAUUUGUAUUCUACUUGAGCAAUGAUGUUAGUCAGUCUGAGAAAUAUGCUGAUCUGGCAAUACAAAUGGAUAGAUAUAAUCCAUUAGCAUUGGUUAAUAAAGGUAACUGCCUCUAUGCUCAAGGUCAGUAUCAGUCAUCAGUUGAGUAUUAUCAAGAGGCUUUGUCUGUGGAAGCUACUUGUUCCGAAGCUUUAUAUAAUCUUGGACUGGCUUACAAAAAGUUAAAGAAUUUUCCAUCAGCCCUGAGCUGUUUCACUAAACUCCAUACAAUAUUCAAGAGCUUACCUCAAGUUCUGUACCAAAUAGCUGACAUUUAUGAGAAAAUGGAAGAAUAUGAUAAAGCUAUUGAUUGUUUCAAGCAGUUGAUAUCACUGGUACCCUCUGAUCCUGGAGUGCUGAGAAAACUAGGAGAAUUAUAUGAUUCGGAGAAUGACAGAUCACAAGCUUAUCAUUAUUAUUAUGAAUCAUUUCGUUAUUGUCCAACUAACAUUGAAGUGAUUACGUGGCUUGGUGCUUAUUACAUGGACUCACAAUAUUUUGACAAAGCAGCAACAUAUUUUGAAAAGGCUUCACUAAUACAACCAGAUCAGGUCAAUUGGCAGUUAAUGAUUGCUAGCUGUUACAGAAAAAUGGGUAACUAUCAGUUAGCUUAUCGCUGUUACAAGUCCAUAUUGAAGUCCUUUCCUAAUAAUAUCGACUGCUUGAGGUUCCUUGUACGCUUAUCAACUGAUCAAGGAUUGAAUGAUGAGUCAGCACAUUACAAUGAGCUGUUGAGGAGAGCAGAGAAAUCACUUGAAGCUAAGAGACAAAAAGACGAAUCGACUGGUGGAGUAGAUAAUGGUGAUACUAGGAAGCAUGAUAAAGACAAACAGAGUGAUGGUGAUCCAAAACAACCAGAUAUUAAUUACACUGAUCCAUUAGGUGAGCUACCUGAAAGACCAAAAACAUCAAGUAGAUCGCAUCAAGCAGCUGCAAAGCAAAGUGAAGAUAAUUUUGAUGAUGUUGAGUUAGGGGAUGACUUAUUACCAGAAUAGACAAUGAUAUGAUGUGUUGUAGCCUACUACCAGUUACCAUUACUAUUAUCAAUACUAUUAUGACUGUUAUUAUCAUUAGUGAAGUAUGUCCAUACUUUGUAAACAUGCAAUGAAAAUUGCCAACUUCAAAAGUUUUCACUGUGACUCUUAGGUCAUACAAAUU